AUGACGGCCAGCAGUAUGAAGAACUCUCUGACUUUUUGUCGCAAGUACACAAAAAGUCUGGCCUGUCCCGGCAUGCCGAUGAUCAUGCCGUGUGUAGAGUCAUCAAGAGUUAUCGCCACGAGUGUCAUGUAUUUCAAGUUUGAGAAAAUUCCGUCGAGUGCCAAGUAUUCGAUCGCCGAAAUCGAAGUGUUUGGAGAUGAAACUUUGACCCACGUGUACACCUACAUCGGAUGCUUUGCAGUAUUCAAAGGCCAGAAGAUAAUAGGCGACUACUCUUUCUCGUCGUGCGUCAGCGAAUGUCAAAAACGCGCAAAGGCGAACAUCGUGUUCGCAUUUAAGAAAAGAACGCUUUGCUACUACGGAGCCGAACCCGAAGAGAAGGUACCGCAAAGAUACUGCCAUCUAGCUUGUGACGGCAGCGUUGAAGAUUCCCAGAAGAUCUGCGGUGGAAAUAGAUUCUACUCUGUGUAUUCUGGUAUAGUCACCGAGAAGACACUGAUGGGUUGUUUUAGGCAAAUGAAGUAUGAAAGGGGUGCCAAACAUCACAAAAUUGAGAUCAACCCAUUGACCCCUUACGGAUCCUGCCUUCUCAUGUGCAAAAAAAUGCAACCACAACAUUUUGCUAUCAAGAAUGGCAAGCAAUGCCUAUGCGGGAAUCUGUUCCUCCCGAACGAGCUGCUACCUCUCUCAAAGUGCGAUGUCGUCUGCGUGGACAACCCGAAGAAAUCAUGCGGUGGCCGUGAUUCUUAUUCGGUUUACUCGAUUUUCAACGUCUACAACUUCUCGGAACCGCCGCGCGUAAACAGAUUCUGCAUGAACGAAGAGCCAUUCAACAACGAAACCUGUGUACCUGGCAAGUGCCAAAAUGGAUGGUCGGGACCGCUCUGCGAUGAAACCGACCUACUGACCGAAUGCCAGCAUCCAGAAAGAAGAAUAAUAUACAGGAAUGGAUCUUUCGGCGAAAUAGUGGACAAUAUGACUUUCUCGUCUAGCGACGAUGACAGCAACAGUACUGCUGACGGAAACAAAAAUGACCAAAGCAUCAAUAUGGUCACAGUCGGGAUCACUCUUUCCGUUAUAUCAUUCCUUCUUCUGCUCUUCGGAGUUCUCUUUGCCUAUUUCAAAAGGCAGUCGAAAAAAAUUGAGCAGGCGUUAGCCCUUAAAACAAAUCGGAGAAUCGGUUACUUUUAA